AGUAUGUUUCGACUUGCGCCAUUUGGCAACACUGGCGCUGCAUUAGCGGCAAAAAAAAAUUAAUUUUUUGCCAUUUACGUUGGCGUAAAGUUCUGUCGCACAACAAUUGCAAAGCUCGCCAGCUGGGUUCGAGCGGCGGCGGAAAAAUAGAAAAACAAACCAAAAGACACGGCAAAUCAGUCUAGUCAACAAAGCAGACCAAAUGAGCACGCACUUCGAGACUAACGAGCAGCACAAACUAAGCCAAAAAUAAAGCUAAAGAUAUAAGAGAUAAAAGGCAAGAAGAAGAAGAAGAAGAAGAAGCAGGAGUACACACACUCACACUCGCACAUACCCACAAACACUGAGAAAAAUCGGCGGCAGGAUGCGGGUGGUGGCCAUGGUCAGUGGCGGCAAGGACAGCUGCUACAACAUGAUGCAGUGCGUCGCCGAGGGUCACGAAAUCGUCGCCCUGGCCAAUCUGCAUCCCAAGGACAGAGACGAGCUGGACAGCUUCAUGUACCAGACGGUCGGCCACAUGGGCAUCGAGAUUCUGGCCAGCGCCAUGGGAUUGCCGCUCUACCGGCGCGAAACCAAGGGCAAGAGCACCCAGACCGGCAAGCAGUACGUGCCCACCGAUGACGACGAGGUCGAGGAUCUAUAUAGUCUGCUGGAGACAUGCAAGCACGAACUUCAGGUUGAUGCAGUGGCCGUGGGCGCCAUCCUGUCCGACUACCAACGCGUUCGGGUGGAGAACGUGUGCAGCCGUCUGAACCUUAUAUCCCUGGCCUAUCUGUGGAGGAGAGAUCAGACUGAACUGCUGCAGGAGAUGAUCGACUGCCAGGUGCAUGCCAUCAUCAUCAAGGUGGCUGCGCUGGGCCUCGUGCCGGAUCGACACCUGGGCAAAUCGCUGCGCGAGAUGCAGCCGCACCUGCUGAAGAUGCGCGACAAGUACGGACUGAAUGUGUGCGGCGAGGGGGGCGAGUACGAGACAUUCACAUUGGACUGCCCGCUCUUUCGCCAACGGAUCGUGGUCGAGGACAUCCAGACGAUCAUCAGCAGUGCCGAUCCCAUUUGCCCGGUUGGCUAUAUCAAUUUCACCAAACUAACGCUGCAGCCAAAGGAGGCGGCGGUCGGAGCGGCCAGCGUCGGCGGCAUUGGCGGCAUUGGCGGCGGUGAUGUUGUGUUUGUUAAACGUUCGCUCGACUACAUAAGCGACCUGAACGAAUCGACAUACAGUGACCUCAGCGAUCCGGACUUUAGCGAAACGGAACUGGAGCUAAUCGAGAAGGAGACACGACUGCGCGAAUCGCUCAGCCAAAGCGAGCUAAUCUCGCGCAGCAACUCCUUUGGCCGCCAUCUGGCCGCCACCGCCUCCUCGCCGAUACCCAUUGUCACGAAGAGCGCCAGCGUCGACGAGCCCACAGCGGCGGCGGCAGCGGCGGCGGCGGCGACGCCAGUGUUAGGUGGACUAGGAGGAGGACCGGCCACCUGUUCCACCUCAGCCUGUGCGUCGAUGCUGCUGACCACCACCGCUAACGUCACCGCCACCGAUGGCGGAUUGAGCAGCCUGGCCAGCUCACAACAAUCUGGCCAGGGCGUUGGCCAUGGGCUUGGCAGCAGCACGGCCGCCGUGUGCGGCUCGCUGUCGCUGGCCAUCUCCUCGCUUGGGCUCAGCGCCAACACAGGCUGUCAUCCGGGGAGCGGAGCUGGCAUUGGCGCACCCUUGGCCACCACACAGCCGCCCAGUCCGCUGAAGUACGAGCGGGAGUUCCGUCCACUGGCCAACGAGGCCAGAGCGGCCAUCAAUGCCAAGGGUUGGAUGUGGCUGGCUGGCAUACAGGGCUCCGGAUCGGAUGGCAUUGAGCAGGGAAUGCAGAUGGCCCUGGACACGCUGACCGAUCUGUGCCAGGCCAAGGGCUACGACCUGCAGGAUCUGUGCUAUGUCACCCUCUACGUGCGCUCCAUUGGCGAGUAUCCGGCACUGAAUCGGAUCUAUCACCGCGCCUUCGACUUUCACAAUCCGCCGACGCGCGUCUGCGUCGAGUGUCCGCUGCCCGAUGGCUGUCAUGUGGUGAUGGAGGCCAUCGCCUACCGCCAGCCGGUGGCCGGUGCGAUAUCCAGUGCCGAGGAGCGGGAUCGCGAGGGCGAGGAGACGGCGGCGGCGCUGCUCAACGGACGCCGGAACACGAUGCAUGUGCAGGGCAUUUCGCACUGGGCGCCGGCCAACAUUGGUCCAUACAGCCAGUCAACCAGGAUUGGCGACAUUACGUACAUUUCCGGGCAGAUCGCCCUGGUGCCCGGCAGCAUGACAAUCAUCGAGGGCGGCAUCCGACCGCAAUGCAAGCUAACGCUGCGCCACAUCAGUCGCAUUGCCAAGGCGAUGAACGCCCACGGCCAGCUGCGGGAUGUGGUGCACGGCAUCUGCUUUGUGACCCAUCCGGCCUUCAUUGGCGAGGCACGUCGCCAGUGGGAGCGCCGCACCACCAAUGCGAUCAUGGACUACAUUGUGCUGCCGGCGUUGCCGCGGGAGGCACUCGUCGAAUGGCAGGUGUGGGCGCACACCCACAACGAUCGAUUCGAUUAUGAGGAGACUGGCUGUUCGGUGGGUGACUACACCAUCUCGAUACGACGUCGCUGGAACUAUGAGAACAAUUGUGCGGCCAUUGUCUGCUAUGUGUCCACUGGCCUGGCCUCGUCCACCACCCAAUUGACACAGCUGAGCGACGACAUAUUGGGCAACCAUUGCCGUCUGGCGCAAUCGGUCAGUGCCGAGCAUCUGGACGAGAUCCUCACGUAUGUGGUGAAUCGUUUGCUUAAGGACUAUCCGCUGGCCAAAAAGCAAACGCCACAGCAGCCGGCAAACUCGGGAUCGCCAACAGCGGCCAUGACCACGCAACAGGGCGGCGCUGGCGGAGAUCAGCAUCAGUCUUUGCCGGCCAUCCACCUGAAACUCUUCUACCAGGUUAAUGCCGCACCGGCAACGGAUCUGCUGCUCCAGGCACUGCAUGAUUUCCGUCUGAAGUGCCAGGAUACGGCCGCCAUUGUCUACACAGUGCUGCCCGCCUGCAGUCUGCACAACUUCAGUACGUUCCUGUCCAUUUGCGGGGUGAGGCAUGAAUAGAGGAGCCACACGGAUGAUGAUGAUAAUGAUGAAACGAUUUGCUGCCACCGCAUCGCACCAAGCAGAACACAGAAUACAUAUAUAUAUAUACACCACUAUAUAUACACAGAUAUAUGAAUAAUUGAUGGGUCCCUAUUUGGUUUGACGAAGAAUCGCAUUGGCUGAAAGUAAUCUUUGGAUAAUUUGAAACCAGUUGGUCUUUUAAACUGUGCCGCUAUGUUGAGCAAAUUUUUUACAAUUUUUUUUUUCAUAUUUAAAAGGUUCUUUGACCUGUUCUAUAGCUGACUUUUAAAGUUGUUAAGCAUGAAAGAGCCAUUAUUUGUUUAUUGUAAAUGGAAAAAAAAGUCAAACUUAAAACCAAUUUCAAGAAACUGUUUUCUAAACUGUACGUUUUUGAAUGUUCCCUCCAUUUCCUGUGACUUGUGAAACGAUAGCAAUUAAUAGAAGGCCAAAUGCCAAGUAUUUAUUAUCCAACGAUUACUUUGUAGUCUCACAAUUUUUCAGUUUGCAAAAUAUUUCAAACCGACCCAACUGAACUUUAAAAGCAGCUAGCCCUAUGUUGAUAUUGUUAACUAGCAGACGAUCCUUAGAUCUAAAAAAGAAAAAAAAAACAAUAGAGCCUGCAUGAUGUAUCCAUAGAUUAGCUCACUUCGUGUCGCAGUUUCGGACCAAACUCUCUCACAUAAAAAAACUAAAAUCACACUCAAAAAAACGGAUCUAUGCAACUCAAGUGUUUCAGCAACUAGCGAAGGAAAAGCAAACAUACAAAUUCAAUUUAAAGCAACUUUAUAUAUUAUAUACGAAGAAAGCAAACCAUUUUUGUGCACUCUAUUGCCGAAAAAAAAAUAAGAAAAAAAAAAAACAACCAACAAACAAACAACUGUAACUAUACUCUUAUACAACUAUUAACUAUUAAUCGUUUUUCGAUGUGCUUUUCUUUACGCUCCGAUUUUUUAUAUAUAUAUAUAUAUGUAUGUACAUCUCAGCGAUUUUUGUUCUUUUUCUAAUAGCCAAAAACUUUUGACAAAAACACUCAAAAAACGACGGCAUUGUAAAGCAAAUGGUAUUUAUACAUAUGGUCGUUAAGCUUUAAAUAUUGUGGAAUCCAAAUGAUGUGGCCCAUUCUUCGACCACGUCACAUCGUUUUCAUUAACAAUAAUCCGAAUGUAGCAAAUUCGCCAUGGGGAACAUAGUUUUUAUCAACUUUUUUUUAUUUUUUUAUAUAGAUAUCGAAAUUACCGAAUAGAGAUUAUUGAAAUGUGUUGCUUAAAGUACAACUUGUCCAUAGUUUUUCCUGCACAAUCUGCGACAGCAAAUUAAAAAAAAAAAAAAAAAAAAACAUUAAAACAAUUUUGGUUGAAUUCCACACCAAAAUUUGGCCAACAUAUAAUUUUUAAUGUAAUGUACGGAUACGAUACAAUAUCGAUGGGGACGCUAAACGGGAGAUAAAAAAGAUUAUUACAUGCUAUUAUGUAUUGUUAUGAAAAUAUAUUGAUAUGGAUUGAGUGUCAUUACAAAAGUCGAAAAAAAAAAAACCAAAGAAA